AUGCUUUCAAUAGAAAAAGAAAAUUCAAGAGUUGCUACAACUAAACCAUUAGAUGAACUUUUUACGAAUGUCGGUCAAAAGUUUGAGACAGAGACCGUAAAGCAUGAAGGCUAUCGGUUUGACUACCCAUUGAGAUGGUUAAGAGACCCAUCCGUCACAAAAGCUAUUGGCUUUCGUAGAAUGAAGUUCAUUUCAGAAGCCAUACAUGGUUUCCCAUUUACGGUCGCUUUUGAAAUUCGAUACUAUAACAAAGAAAAACGUACGUAUGAGAAAUUUGAACAGGGAAAACUUUUACAAGUGAAUUUGCUUGUAAACUUAGAAACAACUCUUCAAGCUUUUCAAGAAAAAAUAAACGAUAUCUAUCUCGAAUAUGCAAACCAGUUUAACAUUGACGAAGGAGAGUACCAUCUCGAUAUUGUUUAUGACAGGAAAAAUGCAACUGUUAAAAUCAAUAGAAUAGAAGACCUUGGAGAAGAC